AUGGCAAAUAAAAAGCCGAAAACUGUUUUACUAAUCAGCGGUAAAAGAAAGUGUGGAAAAGACUUUUGCGUAGAUUUGCUGUCAAAAUGUUUGUCCGAUUUGGUGGUGUUUCGUAUCGCAUCACCCAUUAAGAGACAGUUCGCCAAAGACCAUAACCUCGACUUCGACCGACUUCUGGACGCAACUCUUUAUAAGGAGGACUAUAGACAACAGAUGGUCGAGUGGUCUGAACGGAUCCGAGCCUCUGAUCCCAACUAUUUUCUUCGGCUAACCAUUGAUGAGUCGAACGCAAAGUCCAAAUCCAUUUGGAUAUUAUCCGACGCCAGACGUCUGUGUGAUGUCCAGUACUUCAAAUCUUCUGAAGAGUUUAAAGACACCAGAGUUUUGGCCAUAAGAAUCAGUGCAUCGGUUGAGACUCGGGUUAAGAGGGGCUGGAGUUUCACUGUCGGUGUCGACGAUAAGGAGACUGAAUGUGGACUCGACUCCUAUACGGACUGGGAUUUUGUCAUCGAUAACGACGGAUCAGAUGAAGAUCUUAUGAAUGAAUUGCAACCAAUCAUUAAACUCAUUAACAGCUAA